AUGGCGGAUGUAGGAGACGAUGAAACUCGAUCGACUCUCCCUUCGGCAUCCCGCAACGGUCCAGUUGUCGGUUCGUCUGCGGGCACCGCGGGCCAUAACGCAGCUUGCAUAAUGGUAACGUCGGGUCCGCGGACGGUGAGAAUCGUCAAGUCGGAGUCUGGCUACGGUUUCAACGUUCGCGGUCAAGUCAGUGAAGGAGGACAGCUUCGGAGCAUCAACGGGGAAUUGUACGCUCCUCUUCAGCAUGUUAGCGCUGUUUUGCCCGGAGGUGCGGCAGACCGAGCUGGGAUAGCAAAGGGUGACAGGAUCCUAGCGGUUAAUGGGGUGAGUGUGGAAGGUGCCACCCAUAAGCAGGUGGUGGACUUGAUUCGUGCAGGGGAGAAGGAGCUGGUUCUGGCUGUGCUGUCUGUUCCAGCACAGGAGGCUGAUGGAUUGGAAGGAGGAGAAGAUGUCCAACCCAACUAUGACUACAGUGACAAACAAGCAGUGCCCAUUUCCAUUCCCACAUACAAACAUGUAGAGCAGCACUCCGAGAGGUUUGUGGUGUACAACGUGUAUAUGUCCGGUAGACAGCUUUGCUCAAAGCGCUACCGAGAGUUUGCCAUCCUGCACCAGAACCUAAAGAGGGAGUUUUCCAACUUCAACUUCCCAAAACUUCCUGGUAAAUGGCCCUUCUCCCUGUCUGAACAGCAGUUGGAUGCUCGCCGUAGAGGACUGGAGGAAUAUCUUGAGCGAGUUUGCUCUGUGCGGGUGAUUGGGGAAAGUGACAUCAUGCAGGAGUUUCUCUCUGAAUCAGAUGAGAACUACAAUGGCGUGACGGAUGUAGAGCUGCGGAUAGCCCUGCCAGACAAGACCACUAUUUCUGUCAGAGUCCGCAAGAACAGCACCACAGACCAGGUGUACCAGGCAUUAGUGAUAAAGGUUGGAAUGGACAGUAUUAUGGCGAGCUACUUUGCCCUUUUUGAAGUCAUCAACCACUCGUUCGUGCGGAAGCUGGCGCCUAAUGAGUUUCCACACAAGCUUUAUGUGCAGAAUUACACCUCGGCAGUGCCGGGGACUUGCUUGGCGCUCCGCAAAUGGUUGUUCAGCUUCCAGGAGGAGGAGUUGCUAAGAGACAACCCACUGGCACUGCACUACUGCUUUCAUCAGGCAUUGGAAGAUGUGAAGAAGGGAUUCAUAAAAACAGAGGACAAAUCCUACCAGCUGCAGAAGCUGGCAGAGCAGCGCAAGAUGGCCACGUACCUGAGUCUGUUGCGGACAUGUGAAGGCUACAAUGAGGUGGCGUUCCCCCACUGCUCCUGUGACUCCAGGAGGAAGGGACAUGUCAUCACAGCUAUCAGCAUCCAUCACUUCAAGCUGCAUGCUUGUACCGAGGACGGAACGUUGGAGAACCAGGUGAUAGCUUUUGAGUGGGCGGAGAUGCAGCGCUGGGACACUGAUGAGGAAGGGAUGGCUUUCUGCUUUGAAUACGCCAGAGGAGAGAAGAAACCUCGCUGGGUCAAGAUCUUCACUCCAUAUUUUAACUACAUGCAUGAGUGCUUUGAGCGGGUCUUUUGUGAGCUGAAGUGGAGGAAACAGGUUGAGGAAGAGGCAUCUGACAAAGACAACAAAAACUGCAGUAACAAUGAGUAUCUGCCUCCCCUGGAGACACAGCAGAAGGGAUGGCGCCACCUGGGGGGGGAGAUUGCAACUUCCUAAAAUCAUUUGUCAUCACUCGAACUAGAACCGGUCCACUUGCAUCAUCACAGCCACCCCACAGAGUGCCCAUUGACAAACACAAGACCGAGUGAAAGACUGGGGCCGUCUAUGCCCCAAAAACAAACUGGAAGUGACCAAUUUGGGAAAUCAGAAUGGCAACACUUAACCAACACCAGGAAUACACACAGCAAGAAGAGCAAUGAAGGAAAAUUAACGAAAGCCAACUUUCAUGUAAUUUACUAGAUCUCCAUAGUGUGUCUUUUGUUGUCCUCCACGCAUCCGCCCUGGUAUGUGGGGCAGGACACAAGCACAUUUUUUGCCACGGUUCGAGAUGUAACAAAUACAUACGGUUUGUGACUCGUAAGGGUCACCACAGCGCUGUUGCACCAUUUGCACAAAGGGAGCAACUCGAUAAACCGCCCCUUGAUGAGGGAGCUGACAUGUGGGACAGGAUUGUCCAACUGGAUCGGCUCGGCCCAAAGUCUUGAGCGUAGCCUGCCUUUGCUGGAAUGAGCUAAGAUGGUGGAGAUGAAAAUAAGGGAGGGAUACAGAAAACAGGGGUUUCACUUCUUUAACAGCUGGUGAUAAAGAAAGAGGGAAAAAAAAUCAUGCUUUACACCGAUGAUGGAAAUUGGACAAAAAUUAUGUUUUCUAUUUGUAAAGUGAGAAGUAUUCUGUCUUUGUCAGAAAACAGGCGCAACAAAUGUAACUAACUGACAAAGGAUGUGGGGGGAUGGUUCAUAAUUAUAUGUUUAACAAUCUUACUUCUAAAAAAAAAUAGAUUAAUAGAAGAGCUAUUAUAAUUGGUUUCUUGAUCUAACACAACGAAACACUAACUGAAUUGCAUUCAAAUGGUUCUAAAUGUUGUUUACCUUUUUUCUGGUCUAACCUCACUACUUUAGAAUGACGUCUGUUGGCAGUCAUUGAUGUCAGUAUGCGCAGUUAUCCUGCUCGCAAGUGAUUUCUUGUGGUGAUUUUGCAGAGCUUGAAAGUUGAUAGGAAAAGGCAUUCUUAUUCUCAGCUCUAUGCAGGGAUGAUCUCCUGAACAAAAAGUUGAUGGGCCAAAUGUUUUUGAAAUGGGACAGCUUCUGACUGACAAUUGUGAAUAUAAAGACAGUAUAAAGUUUUGUCCAUUGAAGUGUAGUUUUCUGAACAGGCAACAGAGAGCAGCAGAGUGUAAGACAAAUUUAGUUGUAGGAUUUGAGCAGAAAUAGAAAUCUUCUAGGAGCUUCUUAAAGAGUGAUCCCUUAGGCUCUGUAACUCACCCAAAACUAUCACUCCUCUGCAGUUUGUCCAUUAACCACGUCAGGAGGAUAGAUGGUGUGUGUCUGUGUGCGUGCAUGUGCGUGUGUGGCACAAAGUUGUGACUCCAACUGCAACCAUCUGCACACAUAGCAGCGGUCUGCCUCUUACUGCACCUAAAAUGGGACAGUAUUAGUUGUGUGCAUGCACAUGACAUAUUAUAUGACAGUUUUACAAUUUAUACAGAUUUUUGGUGUUUUAGGGCAGUAUUUCAGUUUUUUCACACAUAGACAACAUAAUGUUUAAUUUGAACAUUUGGUCUCACUUUCAAUGUGUAGAAAGCAGGUUUACAUGCUGACAAGAAAUUCUUUUAAAUGGACACAAUGUGCGUAAAUGUAUUGAUUUCACUUGAAUGAAAUAGAGUUUUGUUUAUGCCCCUAAUGGCAAGUAGUAUAUCGCGGUGUUUCUUUACUAACUCAUUCUUGAGCUUCACUCGCUGUCUGACAACAGCUAAAAACCAGAAACACUGAUAGUUUUUUUUUUUUUUUUUUUUUUUUUUUUAAAUUCAUGAAGACUUUUAGAGCACAAGUUCAAGUGUCACGUUUAUUUCAGAUAUUUUUUUCUUACAGUUGAGGUUAGCUUUUGGUUCAAUAAAAUGUUUAAUUCAUGCUUAGGUUUAGUCAUAAUUUGAUUUCAGUCAGUUACCUUGGAGCAUUCUUGUUAAUGUGGGCUGUUUGUGUGUGCGUGUGUCCUCUAUGUUUAUCAUUGACAUUGCUGAUAAGCUUUUAGGCUCUUAUUGGAUGUGUCUGAUGAGCUGUCGCUGUAAGAGUCAGCAAAUGAAGAUGGGAUUUUGUAUCUGGAUGACAGCAGAGACACCAGACAGAUGGAGACAAAUGGGAGGCGUCUUCUAUUGUCUAGCUAUUCACAGCCGCUCGCAUGCUUUUUCAGCAUAGAACCCACAUACACACACACACACAUUCCUGUCUCUCUGCUUCUCUUUUUGUAGUUUGACAAAAUGAUUAAGUGCAACAUUUCAAAAAUAUUUUAUUUGUCAUCUACUUGUUGACUCUGUGGACAGGCCUCAGUUAUGCAACAGACUAAAGAAAUACAUAUGUGUGUUUUACAUACACACAAGCACCAGAUAGCUGGAUUGUGAAAGAAACUACAGUGUGCAGAUUGCUGGAUGGUCAUUUUGACAGCCAGAGUAAUAGCCAAUUUAGAGAUGGAUGACAUAAGAAUUGGAGCUGUUCAACCAUGAUGAUGAUUUUCUUUUCUAUAUAAGAUGUAGAGGGAGAGGCAGAUAGAGGUGGUAGGACCGUGUGUGUUGGCAUUUCAGUCUUCUGCUAUACUCUCCUUGUUGGUCUCCCGUCAUCACAGGGGGAUGUGGUUGCCGUGGCAGCACCACGUUGGCUUAACACGCUCAGUGCAGGCUCUGUUCCUUUUAUUCCUGUCAGCCAACUGACUCACUCCUAAUAAUGUAUUCAAAGCAGUGUUUUUUGUGUUUGAUGUUUGUUCUCUGUCCUGUGGCUCAUGCUGCUGUGAAUAGGCUUUUAGAAAGCUGCUGUUUUUUUAAUAUGUAUUUGUGUUUUGGUUUGUCUUGUGUGCGCCAGGUGCCAUUUUUCUGCUCUGUCACAGCCAGGUACACGUACUGUCAGUUGUCUUCCGCUCUGCCAUCAGUGAGAUAAAUGUCAAUGUAACAGUGUUUGGGUGAAAGCAGCGAGAUAACAGGAAUGUUAAAAAGCGCGUCUUUGUAUGGUGGGCCUGUCUUUGUUUGUCAGUGUACGCUGUGCUGUAGGCCACCUGUGUUUGCGUUUGAGAUGCUGGACAACCUUGGCUGAAGUAAGUAUUUACAAAAAGAUAUUUGAAUUCCACACAGGACUUAACCAAUACAUCUAUGGACUUAACAGAUAAAAGAGUGUUGGAUGGUGCAGCAAACAUGGUGGCAAUAGAAUAGAAAAUAAACGUGUCCAUGUGUGGACAGAACGUGAUGCUCAGAAGAUUUGGGUUCAUCACAAACGCCACUGAAAUGCUUGUCUGAAUGAUGCUGUUGCUAUAGUAACAUCAGUUUUCAGAAUCUCGUGCCAAAUCAGCGCUGAUUUCCAACACAUCAUUCAGUGGCAGAUAUUCUGUAAGAUGUUUUCGGUUAAUUCGAGUUCUACGGACAUAAGGCAGAAUCUAGUGUUCGAAGUGGCAUUUAUGAGGCUUCUCCGUCAGUCUCUUUCUUUUGACACUGUUUGUUCAGUCAGAGCCACUACGUCUGUCGCAUCAUUAACGUUUCUGUGUAGACUUGUGUGUCGACCUUCAACGCACAUCUGGCUCGGAGGGCAUUAGCUGCUGGCUUUCCCAGUUCAGAUGACAAGUCCUACCUAUGACUAACAAAGGGUGGAUGUAAGUGCAGUUUUAAAAAUUGCUAGCCUUUUGUGUAAUUCAUUUCUGUUUAUUGCUUUUAAACAUGGGGCUUUUCCAUGGAAAGUAGGCAGUGUCAUUAAUUAAAAGAUUUGUUUGUCUGUCUUCAGCAAAACCUGUAUAUAGUUGUUUUAAAAAGAAAAAAAGAAUAUCUCUUGGACAAAAUGCACUCUUGUUUCUCCAACUCAAAAAUUGUAUUUAUUUAAACAGAAAUUAUAAAGAUUGGGGAAAUGAUAGUGUACAACGCUAGAGCCACUGUUGAUCAUUAAUUUUGUCUGAGGAAAGGCUGUAUGGAGGAUUAGCUAACCACACAAUGAAACAAGCUGUUUAAAGUAGGGGCAGCUUCUAAAACAUCAAUUAACACCUGAUGCAGAACUAGGCUACAAAAUGGAGAGUUUUAUAUCUUAAAAAAAAAACUUUAAAAAAACACAUCAAGGUUCACUAACCAAUAAAAGGAAUAGAGGUUUGAACAUGUGUAGAGUAAUAAAUUGUAACAAUAUUUUAAAUAAAGUUAUAUAUUGGGAACAA